AUGUAAUAAUAAAAUGAGAAAAAUGAAAUACCCUUUAAUGGUGAAUUUGAAGAUAGUGAAGAAGAAUCAGAUGAAGUUUCUGAAGAAGACUCAGAAGAUGAUAGUUUAUAAAAUAAAAGAAAGAGAAAAAGAAGAUAGUUAGUUAAUAAUAAUAAAAGAUUAAUAAUGAAUGUAUCAGAUACUUAAUAUGCUGCUGUUAAAUUUGUUGGCAAAAUAUUAAAUAAAUUUAAAUUACAAUACACUCCCUAUUAAGAAACAUAAGUUUGGGAUUUUUGUUGGACUGAUAAUGCAGUAUUACCUGAAACUCUAGCUAGAAUGUAAAGUAUUAUAUAUUUAAAUUCAAAAAUAGGUCAUUAAAGAAUUAAUCAUUUUCCUGGAAUGUAUUGCAUAGCCAGAAAGAAUUAUUUGGGCAAAAAUUUAAAUAAAAUGGCUAAAUAAUUUCCAUCAGAAUUUGAUUUUUAUCCUAAAACUUGGAUGCUACCUUCUGAUAUUUCAGAUCUUAGAUAAUAUAUUGGAAAAAUAAAAUAUUUUAUAGUAAAACCAGAAGCAUCUUGUUAAGGAAGAGGUAUUACUUUUAGUUUAUAUUAAAGGUAUAUUUUUAACUAAAUAAAUUGAAUCUAUAGCAUCUGAACAUUGUGUAGUAUAAAGAUAUUUACAUAAACCAUUAUUAAUAGAUGGUUUAAAAUUUGAUUUUCGUAUGUAUGUUUUAUUAGCAGGUUGUGAUCCAUUAAGGUAAUAUAUUAUUUAGUAUAUAAAUAGAAUAUACUUAUUUAAAGAGGGAUUAGCAAGGUUUGCUACUUAACCAUAUUAAUAGCCUAAUUAAAUGAAUGCUGAAGAAAUGUGUAUGCAUUUAACUAAUUAUGCAAUUAAUAAAGACAAUCCCAAUUUUGUAUUCAAUACAGAUGAAAAAUAAUUGGAUAUAGGACAUAAAAGAAGUUUAUCUAGUGUUUUUAAAUUGUUAUCAUAAUAAACAAAUAUUGAUGAAUUAAUGGCAAAAAUUAAGGAUUUGAUUAUAAAAACAUUUUGUUCAGUUUAACCAUUUCUUUAAUCUAAUUAUACUUAACCUGAUAAUUAUGCUAACAAUAUGUGUUUUGAGAUAUUAGGAUUUGAUAUCUUAAUUGAUAAUACAUAUAAACCAUAUUUAUUAGAAGUAAAUCAUACACCAAGUUUUACUGCAGAUACUCCAUUAGAUGCUUUAAUUAAAAAGAAUCUAAUAAGAGAUACUAUUACAUUAAUGAAUAUAAAUUUAAAAGUAAAAAAUGAACUUUAGUAAUUGUAAAAAGAGUAGAUGUAAAAAAGAGUCUUUGGUAAAAAACUUAAAUUAUCAAAUGAAGAAAAGAAAUCACUCAAAAUUUAAGCCUAAAUAGAAAGAGAAUAAUAUGAAUCUUAACACUUGGGGAAUUUUGAAAAGAUUUACCCUUGUGAUAAAUCUUAUGAUGAAUAUUUAUAACAUGCAUAAAAAAUAUAUGAAGAAUGGACAGGAGCAAGUAAUUUAUUAUAAUAUAAAUAUAGAUAUUCGUAGAAAUAUUAAAAAAGAUAAUUUUACUGAAAGAGACAAAUUAACAUAGCAAAGAUAGAUAUAGCAUUCCAUAACUAUUUAAGGCUCUGUUGAUUCUAAUAAUAAAUAAUAAGUAGAUCCUGCUAAAUCUUCUAAUAGAAAGAGUUUAUAUAAAAAUGUAUUAAUUAAAAAAGAAAAUAAAUCAAAUUUUAUUAAGUAAUAUUUAAUCAUCAUAAAAUAGUAAAGUAUUUUCCAAUCCUUAAAAAUCAAUGACUGAAUUACCUUAAUAAUAACCUCUAGAAUAGAAAUUAUAAGAUAGAGAUGAUAAUGAAAUUGCUUCUGAAGACUUUUAAAGUACUAGUAAAUAUUAAGACAAUAUUGAAAGAGCUAAAAGACCUCCAUCUUUUUAUGUUAUGAAAUCAAUCAAAUAAAAUUAAGAAUUGCAAUUAGUAGACUUUUUUAACUAUAAAAGAAUCAGUAUUCCUGAAACUUCUCCUUAAUCUUAACCAAAUACUUAAUAAGUAUUAUAAAUUUCAUAGCAAUAAUAAUUUAAAUCAGUUACUUAAUUGGCUAGAAAAUUUUCAAUUCGCAAAUCAAAUAAAAGCAAAUUAAAAUCAAGCGAAAGUGAUUAAGAAGCAAAAAAAGAUCUGAUUCAAGCAUUUAAUUAAUAUUCUUAGAUUUAGUAAUAACAAUAAUAAUCAUCCUUUUUCUAAUCUUAAUAAUAAAAUUUUUUAAAUUAAUAACCAUUACAAAAUGGUUCAUUUGUUAAACCAAAAGUAUUUAAUUUAAAAUUGUAACCACCACAUUUUAAAAUACCCCCUUUUCCAAUAUUAAUGCAAUAAUAAAAUUACUAUAAAUUUAGAUAUGAUUGA